GAUUGGCUUCUUGUCUGUCAAGUCAAUAGAAACGUCACUUCACUUUGUGUUUUGGUUUGGUUUAGAUUGAGGUUAUUUUAUAUUCCAAUUUAUUACACAAUAUUGUUACUUAUUUUUCUAAAUUACUAUUUUUGAAUCAACAUAAGUUCUCUUAUUGAACAUCUUAACAUAAUGUUACAUGAUCAAGCCAAACUUGAUUGAAGAAAGUGAAAACAUGUUGUUCAGAAAUCAGUAGAUGUCAAAUCCAAUCUGGUUUUACUUAUAGCCUAAUGCUAGUGCGAUAAUGUCAGAGAGUAGUCAAAGUGUGUCUGAUACAACAUCUAGACUGAAGAAGAAAGUUUCCUGUUCAUCUAGCGAUGUACACAGACCUGGAGAGCCUAACGUCAAUGCCCAUGAGAGAUUCAAAAAGUAUUCAUCCUCGUCCGUUCUCCCUCUUCCAAGAGACUACAAUGCUUUGGCGAUUGAGGCGCCGUCUACUUUGAAUCAAGUCAACAUACCCAUAGUUGGCUAUGAGGUGAUGGAAGAGAGAGCCAGGUUCACUGUAUAUAAACUGAGGAUCGAAGAUAAAGUCUUUGGAGAUUGCUGGUUUGUUUUCAGAAGAUACACAGAUUUUGUGAGACUCUGCUCAAAAUUAAAGGACGAGUACCCCAAGUUGAACCUAUCUUUACCGAAGAAAAGAUGGUUCGGCAAUAAUUUCGAUGCAAGGUUCAUAGAGGAAAGAAUAGCAGGACUGCAAACAUUCAUAGACGCCAUCACUGCUGAUGAAAAGCUGCUUGUCUGCUCGUCUGUGAGAGAAUUCUUCUGUCUGGAUGAUCCUCCCUCUUGCACCGAAUCUAAUGAUGAGUCUCGGGCAACAUUUGAAGCAUUGGAAGAAACAGUUUAUCAUUUGAGACGGAUGCUAAUUGAGAAGGAGGAAGAAGUUGAGAUUCAAAAGUCGGUCGUUAAAUCCUUGCAAACGAAAUCAUUAGAAUGGGCAUUGAGUGUAUGUGAUAAAACCAAAGAUUGCGCAGAGUGCAAUGCCAAAGUCUUCAAAUCAUUGGCGGAGUUACAGCAAACAAUUACUGCUUCAAACUACGUCAGCUCAUCAGAAAAGCCUUCAUCUAGCCUUAGCUCUUGACUUUUAAUAGUUUAUAUUGUAUAUUCUAUCAAGCACUGAUUUCACUGAUGAUUAUACUAUUUCAUGAUCAGUUUUUGUGUAGCUGUAGGAAUCUAAGAUAGAUCUUAAUAUUUUAGACUCUUGGAUUGGCCUUCCUAGUAUUUAAGUAAGUUGUAUGUCAGUAAAAUUAAUAAUUGUGCUUUAUGAUACUAAUGUAUGAAUUCAUAUUUCAUUUGUGUUGUCAUCUUCGCUUAGUGAGAAAGGUAAUUUUUAAACUUAACUUUUAAAUUGUUUUCGAAUGAGUACUCAAUCCAUUAAUGUAUUCUCGUUUUAAUGCUAUAUGUUAUCCUUUGGGCUUCUUUACCAACAAGAGCCAUACUGUUGGUAGAGAUAACCUCAGUUUAGAAAGAGUAUCUAGAUUGAUUUUUUUUAACUACUCGUACAUAAGUACUGUAGAAAAGGAAGCUUAACUUCUCUGAAUGGUUUCAUGUGUUUAGGGUGCUUUACUCGAAUUUGCCUAACACCAAAGCGUACUUCAUGUUAAAAAUCUAGAGAACUAGAAAGUUUUGAAAAUAAUUGGUGAAAUAUAAUCAUGUUCAAUAGUUUCGGUGAUACAUAGUCUUUUUAACAAAAUAGUUCGGACUCACUGAUACUUUUUUGUUAUCUUACCUCGUUAAGUCGUCGGUCCCGACUGCCUGAAAAACAGUAGUUAAGUCAUUUUAGAGGCCCUGAAAAGAGGUGCGACCUGAAAACUCUGACACCAGACCUGAACCAGCCAGGUCACUUGGCAUUAUUACUUAUCUUUAAAACAGAUCUUUGUAAUGAAUUUACUAGUUGAGAAUGUGAGUGGUCCGUCCACCAAUAGCAGCCACAGUUGUCUGAUAACCGAAAUUUAUAAAUUAUAUGUACGAAAUACAAAAAAAAAACUUCACAAAAAUGCAAUAUUCUUAUUGUAUUAGUAUGAAUAAACUAAGGGAAGCUUUUGCAAUCAAAACGUUUUGCAAUCCAGUUUACCGGAGUGGAACUGUAAACCUUCAUGUCAGAAAAAAUUGGAUACAGUACUCCAAAGUAUCACUGUAAUGAAUGUGAGAUCUUAGUUAAAAAACUCGGCCAAUUUUCCAUUCGAAACUAUUUAUAAAGCGCCUUAUUAUUUAUGGCAGAUUACUCAAAUAAGUGGUAAUAGUGCAUAACACUGAACCAAAAACUGAUUCUUCUUUCGAUGAACCCAUUCGCUGGCAUCUAAAGUUUUGAAUUAAACCUUUGUACAUAAUAGAAUUAGUAUGAUUUUUAUGUAGAUUUACAGAGGCAAUAAAUAUUUUUCUAUGAAA